AGCCACGCCGCCGUGCGAAUACUUGAAAAACAAAUUUUCCUUUGCCUCUAUUUCAUUGUUCUUGUAUUGUUACCGUGGGUUUACGAUUUAUUGUCAGUUUGGGUCCAUCACGCUUGUUAUCUCGCUACUUGUUUAGUGUUCUGAGAAGGAGGGACGAUUUGGGUCAAUUUAGGGUUUUGAUAAAGAGUGACGAUGAUGGAGGAAAAGCGGGGUGGAGGAAUGAGUGCCGAGGAAAGGGAGAAAUUCCUUCGCAUCGCCAAAGAUUGGCAUGGCGGUGGGGUUGAAAAGCCCGAAAUUUAUCACCAGAAGCUGGUAGAUAAUUUUAAGAGAGCUGCAGCCUACGUUGGGUUCAAUGAAUCGACGACUUCUCUUCCUCCUUCAAAUUACCCUCAGGACGCAAUGUUAAUGCUCUACGGCCUAUAUAAACAGGCAACCGAGGAAACCGAGUUUGAUGAUAUUCCCUUGCCUAAAUCAUCGGAUGAACUGGAGCAAAAACUAUACUGGAGCCGGAUUGGCAUGCUAUGCAUGCCACCUACACUUGCAAUGAUGAACUUUGUGGCAACUGUGAAGAUUGUAGACCCAGCAUAUCGUGCCAGUGCGUCAAAUUUUAGCAGGGAAUCGCAUGAACAAUCUGAGUUGAAUGGUGAUGUUGAAAAGCAGCAACAAUUGCUACAAAUGAUGGGAUCCUCACAAUAAGAAGUUGAGUUUCUCCUGGGGCAAAAGGCUCUCUCGAGAAAAUCUGCUCAAGUGUAAAACAAGCAAAUUAUUCCGUUGAGCUGUCUUGAUGGCUCACUGGAACUCUUUAGUAGCGCAUUGCGAUGUUCCAAGACCCAAACAAUUUAGUUUGUUUCAAGAUUCAAACAAAUCGAGAUCUCAAUUCUUUCAGAAUCCAAAUUAAUGAAUUGUACAGGUCGUAAAGAUCCAACCAAAAGUGUGUCCACCAUUCUUGAAUCAAGUGAAUCUUUUAGUUCUGUCUGGAUCAUCAAUGAAAAGCCUUCGACUGGCUAAUUGUGAACCAUGAAGUUGCGACGUUGUAUCCAGUGUUUAGGCUAGCAAGUGGCAAAAUAUAUUACUGUACAUUAGUCAAUGAGGAUGUGAAUUAAUUAAAUUUUGAAAGGAAGAUUGGUAGA